AUGAGUGAGAUGCUCAAGAAACUCACGGGCUACUGGAAGCAGCGCCAGCUGGGUCCAAACAAAACAAAUAAAACAUCAACCAGAGAGGGAGGAGACUAUGAAUGUUGCCAGAAAAUUAGUUUGCUCUGUCUUUUCUUUCUCCUAGAAUGUUUCACAGCCAAUGGUGCAGAUUAUAGGGGAACACAGAACUGGACGGCACUACAAGGCGGGAAGCCAUGCCUCUUCUGGAACGAGACUUUCCAGCAUCCAUACAACACUCUGAAAUACCCCAACGGGGAGGGGGGCCUAGGCGAGCAUAACUAUUGCAGAAACCCAGAUGGAGAUGUGAGCCCCUGGUGCUACGUGGCAGAGCAUGAGGACGGUGUCUACUGGAAGUACUGCGAGAUUCCUGCUUGCCAGAUGCCUGGAAACCUUGGCUGCUACAAGGAUCAUGGAAACCCACCUCCUCUAACUGGCGCCAGUAAAACGUCUAACAAACUUACCAUACAAACCUGCAUCAGUUUUUGUCGGAGUCAGAGGUUCAAGUUUGCUGGGAUGGAGUCGGGCUAUGCUUGCUUCUGUGGAAACAAUCCUGAUUACUGGAAGUACGGGGAGGCAGCUGGUACCGAGUGCAACAGCGUCUGCUUCGGGGAUCACACCCAGCCCUGUGGUGGCGACGGCAGGAUCAUCCUCUUUGACACUCUCGUUGGCGCCUGCGGAGGGAACUACUCGGCCAUGACCUCAGUGGUGUAUUCCCCUGACUUUCCCGACACCUACGCCACGGGGAGGGUCUGUUACUGGACCAUCCGCGUGCCGGGGGCCUCCCGCAUCCACUUCAGCUUCACCUUGUUUGACAUCAGGGACUCUGCAGACAUGGUGGAGCUGCUGGACGGCUACACCCACCGCGUCCUGGUCCGUUUCAGUGGGAGGAACCGCCCGCCUCUGUCCUUCAAUGUCUCUCUGGAUUUUGUCAUUUUGUACUUCUUCUCAGAUCGCAUCAAUCAGGCCCAGGGAUUUGCUGUCUUAUACCAAGCUGUCAAGGAAGAGCCGCCGCAGGAGAGGCCCACUGCCAACCAGACGCUGGCCGAGGUGAUUACGGAGCAGGCCAACCUCAGCGUCAGCGCAGCCCGGUCCUCUAAAGUCCUCUACGUCAUCACCACCAGCCCCAGCCACCCACCCCAGACCGUCCCAGGAUGGACAGUGUAUGGCCUGGCAACUCUCCUCAUCCUUACAGUCACAGCCAUUGUAGCAAAGAUACUUCUGCACAUCACAUUCAAAUCCCAUCGCGUUCCUGCUCCAGGGGACCUUAGGGACUGUCAUCAACCGGGGACGUCGGGAGAAAUCUGGAGCAUUUUUUAUAAGCCCUCUACUUCGAUUUCCAUCUUUAAGAAGAAGCUCAAGGGCCAGAGUCAACAAGAUGACCGUAAUCCUCUUGUGAGUGACUAAAAGCUGCCCCCUCCAUGCCCAGGACAUGAGGUCCCUCCGAGCUUGAGGCCACUGGGAACCUGUGGUUUCCUCUGACUGCCUCUCCCUGCCUCUCCCUCGGCCUCUCUGGCAGCCUCUGCAGGAGCGCCGUCCUGCGGGCUGGGAAGGGACGUCCUGCUGCGGGGACAGGCCGAGCGUGGACUCCCCCUGCUUCAUCGCUGCACUUAGGAGAGAGACCCAAAGUCCCAGGGUCUGCGGCCUCCCUGUGCUCUUCUCUCUGUGUCCUCUAGAAUGGGGUGUCAGGACAGAGGGGCUGAGGUGGCAGAGGUGGCUGUGUCCGGCACUGGGCUCAGGCACCUUCUAGACGACUGUAGGGUGGCGGGUAGGUGUACAUAUGCAGACUGCUUGCUUAGUUUCUAUUUUGUCCACACAGACCACUUUCUCCCGUUCUUUAUGGUUUUAAACAGGGAGCAUUCUGAGGUUCUCUUGGGGGUUGGCCUGGUCCUAUAUUCCUGAGCAUUAGCACCCCGAAGCUUAAAGAGAGCCCAUGCCCUGUUCUGACUCUGGGGCUUUGCUCUCUGGGUGCUGGAUGAGGGUGGGCCUCCUCCAACCUGGGAGAGCCUGGGAAUUGACGCCCAUCACAUCAAGCCUGCCCCCUGCCACACACAGCCUUCUUUCUGAUGCUUCUUUCCAUAGCUCGAUGAUCGCAGAGCAAGCCUGCAGAGUGGUCGUGUAAAACAACCAUUCAUUUAUUCACACAACAGACUUUCCUGAAAGCUUUUAUAGGCACUCAGUGACUCCUCGUUGUAUAGGGCUGCCUGGCCUCGCCCCACGCAGCUUGUGGUCCUGUGGAACCUGAGCCGGGCCCCGUCUCUCUGUGAUUCUCGGACUCUCCGUUCAGAACAGGGAGUAUAAAUGUUGUCGCUUAGCCUUUAGGCGGCGUUAGGUGAGACACAGGCGCCAGCAGUCCCUUCUGCAGGCAUCACUCAUUUUAAAAGAUGAAUAACCACCCCACAGCCUGUGCGCUCUGCGGCCCUCUCUGUCCCUUCGUAUGGGGACAGAGUGCAGUCUGGAAUGGCUCAGUGGGGAGGGAGAGGGCCCUUGUCCCUAGCCCCACACUGCCCUGCCCUUCAGACAGGGAAGAGAGUUGCAGAGAGAGGUAUGAGGACUGAGAGGGAGGCUUUGGAAAACUGGGAACUCUCGAGGAUAAGCCUCCCAAGAUGGAGAGGUGCAGCUGCGGUGGCUGCUGGUCGGGAGGAAGAGCCGUCUCCAGUUUAGAAGUCCCCACCAUCCGGAAGCAGGCUUUGUCAACAACAGCUGAGAAGAGCAGCUUGGGCCUCCGAAGGCCAUUCCUGGGCCUUUGUUAGAGCACAACUCUCCCAGAGGCACCUGGGCCUCAGGCCUCUGGCCUCACAGGUUCCCUCUUUGGAGCACUUUGCCUACCUCCCCCAGAUCCUCAGCUACUGUCUGCCGCGGCCUUUCCUGGGGUUCUGCCCUGCCGGCGACCUGUGUGCGCCUGGCUGCUCCCAGAAAUGCAGAGGACCAUGUGGGGCCAGCCGGGAGGUGUCUACAAGGAGAGAUGAUGCCCGGCAACCAGGGGAGAUGCUGAGGGCUGGCAGGCAGAGGGGCACAAGAGGGGGGAAACGGGGCAGGGUGUCCACAGGAGGGCAGGGGCGCUGCCCCAGCUAUCGUGUGAGGCCUACUGUGGGCACAGAGCUGCUCGGUGCUGUCUUCAUGCUUUGAUCUGGAAAGAGUGAUUACCCCGGAGCAGCUGUCCACAGGACCCUGAGUCUGGAGACAGAGGCCUGUCCCACACGACUGGAAAUACACUGACAUGUGCUGUCUCUGCUCGAAGCUAUUCCUGGCUGUUGUGGAAUCUCCUCUGAACCAAGUGUCAGGUGUGUCAGUCACAAAGGGCCCUGUGCCCUGGAAUAGAUCCCUUCACAGCACAAAGGGAAUGUGGAAUUUAGCCCCGGGAGGGGUUCGCCUGGCCAAGGGGCAGUUGUUCAGCCUCCUAGGGCUUCCUGUGGCCACUGGCCUUUGGGGCAUCCCGUGGGUCCACCCCCCCACCCUGCCCACCCACACAGCCAGUGUGUUGUCUGAGUCUGCAGCUGGAGCGGCCCACUCUGAGACCCAGGAAGUGCUGGUGACGCCCCAGUGCCCUCCUUCCUGCUGGUCCUGGCACAGCCCACUGCCACCAGGAUCAACUUACUGUCCAGGGAGUAGCCCCAGGAAACCCAAACUGGCCUCAGGACAGCCCUGGGGGAGAGGCCCUAAAUUGUCCAGGCCCAACCACCAUAAACACCUCAGCCUCGGUCGGAUCCUGUCAGCAGCACCCCACAGAGGUCCCCUGUGGCCAAGUAAACACCUGAGGGAUAAAUUGUCCCAGAGGAGGUGAGGAGUGCUCCCAGGAGCACCAUAGGAGGCCCGCCCUUGGUCUUUUAAGAAACUUCUUUAGAGAGAAGUGGGAAUUGGAGGGGCUGGAAAGCAUGCCCCUGAGAAAGGAUAUCACGGAUCACAUAGCAGAUUAGGAAAGAAGAAGGGGAGGGACUUUGGGGACCACUGUGGCCUGCCACUUUGAAAACAUACUGCCCUAAGCCUUUGCCCUGAGGUGACGGAGGGAACCGAGGCUGUGAGUGGUACCUCUGGGCCUGCGUGCCCUCCUCACCCCUUCUCUGCAGGAUCCAGGCUCUGUCUUCUCAGCAUGUGCCGCCAGAGAAGGGAGGGCUGCGGGCCUCUGAUCUUGUCUCCGUGGUAGAUGCCUGCAGCCAGCUGUGGACGUGGUCUUAGCUGUGUUUCACGGUGUCCUUGGCCCCUCUGGAAGGCACCGAUUGCCCAAUCACUUGCAGGACAGAGGUGUAGGCAUGAACCCCAGGUGUCCUCCACAUCCCCCCUCCCUUGUCAGAACAGCGUUGUGAGCGAGGUAACCCGGCUGCUUUAACUUCUGAAGAUUGGGCUCUGGCUCCAGACUCCAAUCAAGCCAGAAACCGGCCAAGAUCAAAGCACUAGCAAGUACAGCUUUUCUGGCCCUCAGGCCAAACCCAUACAGCCCCACCCCCUCGGCCCAUUGUCAGCCCAAGGCAGGAGCUGGCCUGACCCUGCCACCAGGCCAGGCUGUAGUGACACACCAGCGGGGCCCACAGGCCAUCACCAAGCCCCGUGGGUCCUGGGCACUUAAUCUCCACGAGCACUUAGCAGUGGCCGGCCUCCGAGAUCCUGUCUCCCUUGUCUGAUGAGGCCAUCCCAGGUCUCCCCCGGAGCCCGGCCAGCAGCCCAGCCCAUAGCCCAGUCAGCCACCACCCUCUUGGGUUUUGGAUCUCCUCUGCUUUUGUUACCACCUUGGGAACUUUUAACCUUUUGACUGUUUCCUCCGGUGUCUUUGUUUACCUUCCUCACUGUUCUACCUCCUGGCCAGGUCUCUCAGCCCAGCUGCCCUGGCGUGGGCUAUUUCUCAAACCUUCCAGCUGCAGCUGCCUCCCCUCAGGUGGGACAGUUCAGGGGUGACGAUGGGGCCUCACCCCGCUGCCUGCAGACCCCAGGGGAGCCCAUCUCACAGGCUUCUGUGUUGCCAAGUCGAACAUACUCAACAAGGCAGAAGUGGGGUGUGGAGGAAAGUCUGAGGUCAAUCUGCUUCAGAAAGGAUGUGUCUUCAGGAGCACAUGGUGGGGGACCCUUUCCCUUCCUGCACAGGGAGCUGCCGUCUUGGGGUUCACGCGGCGUCAAGACCUGCCCACAUCCAGACUCACCUUCCCGCAGGGAUCUUGACUUCGGAUGACAAGGCUUUAUUUGUAAAUAUGCUCUUAAUAUGCAACUUUGAGAAUAAAAUAGAAACAUCAUGUAUUUUAAAAUAUAAGAUGAAGUGUGACGCACUAUAUACAAUUUAAUAUAUAUUUUUAGGAUUUUGUUAUUUAAGAAAAUGGAAUGUAAUGGUACUUAACUUUGACAAAAGAGAGAAAAAUGUUAUUUUUACUGUCUGGAGAAAAUAAAUAUUCUCACUGUUGUAGAAA